AUGAGCGCGCCGCCGGCCAAGAAGCCGAGGUCGGGAAGAGAGAAGACGGGGAAGGAGAAGACGAGCCGGAAAAUCGCCAAGGAGAAGGGAGGAAUUGAAUCUGACUUGGAGCAUUUCCUUCAGAAAGGCGACGCGCAUCGGAAAGCGGGCCAGUACAAAGAUGCCAUCCAGGUCCUGGACCGCGCGCUGAUGCUGAAGCCCUGCGCCCGCGCCUUCGCGGCCCGGGGCUCCGCCAAGCGCGCGCUGCUGCUCCGGGAGCAGGCCUUAGCCGACUACUCCGCGGCUGUGAAGACCGAGCCCAUGGCGACGUACUACAGCAGCAGGGGCGUGGUGAAGUCGGAGCUUGGCUGGUACAGAGACGCUUUGGAGGACUUCCAGCGAUCUCUGAAGUUGGAUCCAGAGGACAAAGUGGCCAAUUGGGGCAAGGAGUGGAUAAAGCGACAGGAGGCGGAGGCCCCGUUGCGGAUCAUCACUUUGGGCGGCUUCAAGUUCAUGGCCGCCAUGAACACGCGCUACACGGAGCGCCGGUCACCCGAGCACGCCAUCAACGGCCGUGAGACCUACUGGUCCCACGACAACAAUCACCUGCUCUACUGGAGCAGCAAGGAGAGGAGAUGGAAAGGCUGCCGCGCUGUGGACGUGGGCCGCAUCUCUGGGCAGUCGGGCCCCGCCUGCAUCGGGGCGCCGGAGAAUGUGCACGUGCUGUCUCCCUCGCUGAGACGGGGCUGGUUCGAGUGGAACGGCAAGGAGUGGGUGAAGCUGGAAGGCGCAGGGCUGCUGAGCUUCGGCCCCGUGACCGCGCCCCUGCGCGCGCUGCAGCUGGUGGGCUUCUGGCCACUCGACUCGGCCGAGGGAACCCGGAUCUCGGAGCUCGACUCGAGACUCUCACCGGAAAACAGGGCGCUUGGCUAA